AUGGAUUUGCCGCACGUUUGGUUAUGGACGAUGCUACUCGCAUGUGUGCUAGCGUGGAUGAUUUUCCACGUCAACAACCAAAGGAAAAAGAAGUCGAUGUUGAAGGUUGCAGAGGCGGAGGCGGCCACAGAGGGGAUAAGAGAAGGUGAUGUUGACACUAUCAUCAUCGGAGCUGGUGUUGGUGGCUCAGCUCUUGCCUACGCUCUUGCUAAGGAUGGGUGUCGAGUGCAUGUGAUUGAAAGGGACAUGAGGGAACCAGAGAGAAUGACUGGUGAGGUUAUGCAGCCAGGAGGACGCUUCAUGCUUGCGAAGCUUGGCCUUCAAGAUUGUCUGGAGAAUAUAGAUGCACAAGAACUCGCGGGCUUGGCAGUUUACAAGGACGGGAAAGAAGGGGUUUUACCUUUUCCUGUGGAAAACAACACAUUUCCUUAUGAACCAUCUGGUCGAUGUUUUCACAAUGGCCGAUUGGUCCAACGACUGCGCCAUAAGGCUUCUUCUCUUCCUAAUGUGCACAUGGAAGAAGGAACUGUGAAGUCUUUAAUAGAAGAAAAGGAAGUGAUCAAAGGUGUGAUAUACAAGAACACUGCAGGCCAAGAAACAACGGCUUUUGCACCUCUCACCGUUGUCUGUGACAGAUGCUAUUCAAACCUUCGUAGGUCUCUUGUUGAUAGUACUGUGAGUAUUUAUAUACUUCCUAAAGUAGAUUUAAAUCUUCACCGUCUACAUCUAAUUCUUUCUAGACCUAUGGUCUGCAUAAUGUAUCAAAUAAGCAGCGAUGAGGUUCGUUGUAUGGCCGAGAUUCCUGCCGAUAGUGUUCCUCCUAUGGCAAACGGUGAAAUGUCUACAUUCCUCAAGGAAAGUACGUAUGGCUCCUCAGUCCGUGAAAUAUUCAUAAAAGGGAUCAAUGAUGGAGCAAGGAUGCAAGUGGUGGCAACCAAGAGCAUGUCAGCUAGGUUGAGUGAGAAGAAAGGAGUGAUUGUGUUAGGAGAUGCAUUCAACAUGCGUCAUCCAUUAAUCGCUUCUGGUAUGAUGGUUGUAUUGUCCGACAUUGUUAUUUUACGUCAUCUUCUCAAGCCACUGGAGAACCUUGCCAAUGUUACCCAAGUCUCUCAAGUCAUCAAAAACUUCAAUGAUAUCCGAAAGCCAAUGUCAGCGACAGUUAACACAUUAGGGAGUGCAUUUUCUCAAGCGCUGGUUGCAUCAAAGGACGAAGCAAAAGAGGCGACAAGGCUGCUACGAUUACCUCUGUAG